AUGUCCUUCAUCUUCCGUCGUCUAUUCUCAGCCGCCUCAAACCCAGCAAACAUGGCCGUCACCAAGCAGCAAGUCCAGUCCAUCAUCGACGAGAACAAGGUCGUCGUCUUCUCCAAGUCGUACUGCCCGUACUGCCGCCAGACCAAGUCCACCUUGGACGAGCUCAACGCCGACUACAAGGUCAUCGAGCUUGACCAGCUCCCCGACGGAGGCGAGAUCCAGGACGUUCUCGAGCAGAUCUCGGGCCAGCGCACCGUUCCCAACAGCUACAUUGCCCAGAAGCACAUCGGUGGCAACUCCGACAUUCAGGGUCUUCUCAAGGGCAACAAGCUCGAGAACCUCCUCAAGGAGGCCGGCGCGCUCAAGGCGUAA